GGAAAAAAGAAAAAGAAAAGGUAAGAACACGACAACAAUACAGAACUGAAAUCUUGUAAGCACCCAGAAAAGUUCUUUCAAUUCACGUUUGGUUUUAUUAAUAUUAAUUAUGACACAAAACGAUUAAACGUGUUUGAUGGUUUCUUAAACAUGAAAAGAAUCAAACUUUUGGGGGAAUAAACACACAGUUAAACACAGAGAGAGUUGUGGAAUUUUUGGUUGGGGAAAGAAAAAAAGGAAAUUUUAAUGUGUGUGUAGAGUUUGACUUGGAUAAUGCGAAAAAUAUUGCAAGUAAAAAUGGGUUCUUGCAUUAAAGCUGACACAGCAUCCUAGUAAUAAUAGUACACAAAUUUUAAGUUGAGAAACAAAAUUCGUUUAGAAAAGAUUUUGUUUAUUACUACACGCAUUAUUAUAAAGAUUUCUUUUUUGGAUGGUGUUGAUUUAGCGGUGGAUAGAGAGAGUCCAUCACUCGUUCCCAAGAUCAGUUGAUAAAGAUUCUUGAAACACACGAUUUUUCUUUUCUUUUUCCUUUCUUUUUUAGGUUUGAUUUUUAUUGGGUCGGGGUGGAAUUUAAAAGGCAUUAGGGUUUCUUUUUUCUUGCCUCUUUUUAUACAAUACAAGUGUAUUUGGUGGUAUUGUGAAGCUGCGAUCUUUCGUUCGUGAUUUCUUCAUCUGGUGGGUUGUUGGAGUUCAAUUUCUUCGAUCAGGCGUUGGAUUUUCUGGAAUUUUUCUCCAUUUUUUUCCCGAGAAAAAUUAUUAAUUUUGGUGGGUAAUUGAAGUGAAGUUUCACGUCAUGUUCAUAAUAUGAUGCUUGAAUAUGUUCUUCAACUGGAUGAGUGGAUGAGUUUAAGAUUUUCCUCAUUGUAAGUUUGCUUCUCUCCGAGAGUAAGAGGGAGAAAGUUUGGAUAUGUUCCAUACUCAAGGAGCUUUGAAAAAUACUUGCAAUCUCCUUGCCGUCUUAUGUACGGGAGCAGCAGGAAAUAAGCAGAAGCAAGAUGUUUUGGAGGAGAAGAGAAAGUUCCCCUUCCCCGAAAUCGUCUCUUCGGGACGUCUGGAGGUGCAGUCAUUGAAGAAUCCAACUACAGAUGAGUUUCGCAAAGUUCUGGAUUCAUGGCAACCAAAUCUUGUCUACUUACAAGGAGAACAACUGCCAAAUGAUGAAGUUGGAUCAGUCGUUUGGGGAGGGUUGGAAUUAUCCUCUCCUGAAGCUGUAUCUGGACUUUUUAGCUCCACAAUGCCGACGACUGUUUAUCUGGAGGUACCAAAUGGAGAGAGGUUGGCGGAGUCUCUUCACUCGAAGGGAGUUCGUUAUGUAAUAUAUUGGAAGAACUCGUUGUCGUGCUACGCUGCAAGCCAUUUUCGUCAUGCAUUGUUCUCCGCAGUGCAAAGCUCAUCAUGUCAUACUUGGGAUGCUUUUCAGCUUGCAAACGCCUCCUUUAGGCUUCACUGUCUUCGGAAUAAUGUUGUCCUCCCUGAUGGCAAGAAAGUUAAUGAUGAAUCGGGUCCUAAUCUUCUUGGGGAGUCUCCAAAGAUCAACAUCGAUAUUCCUGAGAUGGAGGAUCCUGGGGAUGAUGAAGAAAGCUCCUCUGGUUCCCUUCCUGCAAUAAAGAUAUAUGAUGAUGAUGUGAACAUGAGGUUUCUUGUCUGUGGAGAAACAAGUUCCUUGGAUGCUUGCUUGUUGAGUUCUUUGGAGGAUGGUCUAAAUGCGCUCCUUAAUAUUGAAAUGCGAGGGAGCAAACUUCAUAACCGGGUGAGUGCCCUGCCUCCACCCCUUCAAGCUGGCACCUUUUCUCGUGGUGUUGUGACGAUGCGAUGUGAUUUGUCCACUAGUAGCUCAGCCCAUAUCUCUCUUUUGGUUUCGGGGAGUGCUCAGACGUGUUUUGAUGAUCAGCUAUUGGAAAAUCAUAUAAAGAGUGAAAUCAUCGACAAGAGUCAUCUGAUUCAUGCACAUUCCAACUCUGAUGAAAACAAACUACCUGCGUCUGAACCUCGUAGAUCAGUCUCAGUCGCUUGUGGGGCAGCAGUAUUCGAAGUUAGCAUGAAGGUUCCAACGUGGGCUUCACAGGUGUUGAGGCAAUUAGCACCUGAUGUCUCAUACCGUACUUUUGCUGCGCUUGGCAUUGCCAGUAUCCAGGGAUUAGCUGUAGCUGCAUUUGAGAAAGAAGAUGCAGAAAGACUCCUAUUUUUCUGUGCAAAGCAGGGGAAGAAUGGUGCUUUCAAUAAUCUAAAGUUCAGCAGCGCUCCAUCCUGGCUGAAAGCACCUCCUCCUAGUAGAAAGAGACCAGCAAUUUGCCGGGAAACAAGCUCUGGUUUUCUAAAUGGUGUGGUGGGGGGAAAUCAAACUUUCAUUAAAAAGGAAGAUAAUGAGAAUAACGAAACUAGGUUGCCGAAUGGGAUUAGUGUGCCAGUUAUAACUGCUCGACAAAAAGUUAAAAUAGCUGCCCUGAGGCCUAUUCCUCAUGUUCGUCACCAGAAAAUGCUCCCCUUUUCUGGAAUUUCAGAAGCUGAUUUGCAUGAUGGAAGCCAGGCCAAGGCUAACUUGCCGGUUCCUCCUGCAAAACAUGGUAAUGCUGGAGCUGCUCCAGUUACCCAUCGGAAAUCAACUACCAGUUCAUAUCAAGCGAAGCAGGUCAUAUCUUUAAAUCCCCUGCCUUUAAAGAAGCAUGGUUGUGGGAGAAGCCCAUUGCAUGUGUGCUCUGAGGAGGAAUUUCUCAAGGAUGUCAUGCAAUUUCUCAUCCUUCGAGGACAUAACCGUCUCAUUCCUCAAGGUGGGCUUGCCGAGUUCCCAGACGCUAUACUCAACGCAAAGCGUCUUGAUCUCUUUAAUUUGUACAGGGAGGUGGUCACAAGAGGGGGUUUUCAUGUUGGCAACGGCAUCAAUUGGAAAGGUCAGGUAUUCUCAAAGAUGCGCAAUCACACAGUGACGAAUAGAAUGACGGGUGUUGGAAAUACACUCAAGAGGCACUAUGAAACUUACCUUUUGGAGUAUGAAUUGGCUCAUGAUGAUGUGGAUGGGGAGUGCUGUUUGUUGUGUCACAGUAGCGCUCCCGGAGAUUGGGUUAACUGUGGGUUGUGCGGGGAGUGGGCUCAUUUUGGCUGCGACCGUCGACCCGGUUUGGGUGCUUUCAAAGAUUAUGCCAAGACAGAUGGGCUAGAAUACAUAUGUCCACAGUGCAGUGUUUCAAAUUAUAAGAAAAAGAUGAACAAAUCAGGGAAUGGAUAUUCUUGAGGCCCUCACAAUUCUUUACUAGUCAUAUUUCUGUGUUUUUCAAAUUUGCUCCUCCAUUUCUAUAUAGAGAAGAUAUUUUCCCCACAUUUUUACUGCAGAAAGCAAGGAAUACACAUGUAUGGAGUCAUUGGUUGUAACAGAGAGGCCCUGCAAAAGGGGGCCAAGUGUGAAAUAUUGAAACAUGUGGGUGCAGAAGUGAGAAUUGGAAAAAGAAGGUAGGUUAGUAGGAAAUGCUCCCAAGAGAGAAGUUUGGGGGGCUAAUUCGAUAUAAUAGCCGAGUUAGUGACUUGUUAUGUAAUUAUAUGUAUUUUUAUGCCUAUACGUUUUGUAGAUCCUCUAGUUGUAGUUUUAUGAAAAUGUUGUGUUAUCA